ACCAGGAAGAUGAAGAAUAUACAGAAUUCAUGAACAAGAAAACUACGAUCAGUAAAUACAGCUGACACGUGAGAGCAAUCUAGACACGUUCAGCUUGGUUGUCAUUGACAACAAUCCGUUUUGUGUGAAUAUUUUAAAUAAAUAAAGCACGGGUGACACCCCCUUCAUCCAAAACAAAGGUCAAAGUUCACAGGAAGCUGGGGGGCUGCCAUUUUUCCCCCUGCUAACAUGUUAGAUGCUAAAACGAAGAGAGGUGGUCGUUGUUGUCGUUGAAAGCGGUUUUGUUUCUUUUUUUUUUCCCCCCACAGGAUUAUUUUUCUUUCUGUUUAUGUUCGUUAGCCUUUGUGUCACAUGUGCUAGUCGUUGUGGUUAAUGGAAGGCGGCAUGGAGAGAACCGAACAGCCGUGGAGUUCUUCCUAUACGUACCAGGUGAGCAAGCACAGCGCCGAGAUGCUACACAACCUCAACAGCCAGAGAAAAGAUGGAGGCAGAUUCUGCGACGUGAUCCUACGCGUCGGAGAGGAAAGCUUCCCGGCGCACAAGGCGGUGCUGGCGGCGUGCAGCGAGUACUUCGAGUCGGUGUUCAGCUGUCAAGGCGAGGGCGAGGGCAAAGAGCUCGAGAUGCACACCAUCAGCCCUAAAGUUUUCCGAGACAUCCUGGACUUCGCGUACACGUCGAAGAUCGUGGUGCGCUUGGAGUGUUUCCCUGAGCUCAUGACGGCCGCCAAGUUCCUGCUCAUGCGCUCUGUCAUUGAAAUCUGCCAGGAGGUGAUUAAACAGUCCAACGUGCAGAUUCUGGUGCCGCCGUCCCGCGGUGGAGACCUCAGCUUCCUGUCAAACGCCAUGCACGCUGACGUGCCAAACGGCGCUGUGUUUACUAACAGGAACAUCCUCGAUAAUGACAAUACAAGCGCUCCGCCACCUCUGAGCAGCAGCAGCAGCUCCCACCCAGUCGGCCUCCCUGUGUCCACUUCAGCCUUCACCACAAACCCGGUAAACGGCGAGGCCUCUCCAACCUCCAAGCGUGCCAGAGGACGGCCCAAGAAAGAAGAUCCGCCAGCGCCCGGCGUGUACAAUAGCGGUACGACUGACGACAAUGAAGGUCCUUUUUCUGCUGGCAUUUGUGGUAAAAUGUUGAGCGAAAAUGAUGUGCAGCUGAGAAACCACCAGCAGGCCCAGCAUGGGUCCGUGGGCGCAGGUGGAGAGUUAGUGUCCGUGGACACCACUGUAACGGCUCCACAGACUCAGAAUUGCGUGCAGACGGACGGGAGCCGCAAACGGGAGAGGACGAGACGACAUGUGGGCUGUGACCUGUGCGGGAAGGUGUUUAGAGACGUGUAUCACCUCAAUCGACACAAGUUGUCUCACUCCGGGGAGAAGCCGUACGCGUGUCCUGUGUGCGGCCUGCGGUUCAAGCGCAAGGACAGAAUGUCUUACCAUGUGCGCUCUCACGAUGGAGCCGUGGGCAAACCGUACGUGUGCCAGAACUGCGGAAAAGGCUUCUCCAGGCCAGACCACCUUAAUGGACACAUCAAGCAAGUGCACACUACAGAGAGACCUCAUAAAUGUCAGAUUUGUAAUGCGUCAUUUGCAACACGAGACCGGUUGAGGUCUCACCUGGCCUGCCACGAGGAUAAAAUCCCAUGCCAAGUGUGCGGCAAGUUUUUAAGGGCUGCUUAUAUGACAGACCACCUGAAAAAACACAGCGAAGGACCUCACAACUACUGCAGCAUAUGCAAUAAAGGUUUUUCCACUGCAUCCUACCUAAAGGUACAUGUAAAAACACACCACGGCUCGUCCAUGCUCCCUUCCUCCGCAGCUCACCAGUUCCUAGAGCCGCGUGACAACGGGCCGCAGAUGCACAACGGCGCUCCCUACCACUUAGGACGCCAAUGCGCAGUGGAAGACCUUUGCACCAGUCGCCGGAUUCUGAUGCCCUUUCCUGAGGCAGAGGGGUGUUUUCGGGGGUUUUCAGGGCCUGCAAUUCUCGCUCAACCGGGCCAUCCUGCCCUCGGUGUACAACCUGAGCUGUGGGAGCGGCACUGUGGCGGAGUACCAGGCCUCCCACUGCAUGCACCUCUCGCAGACGGGCAGGAAAAUGCUGGGAAAUGCCCCCAUCAGGAUUCUGAAGGUUCAGAUGCUGCAUUUGGGGACCUUUCUAAUGGAACAGAGCUCAAAUUGGAGCAGAAGGCUGAAGACAAGGAGCUUGAGGUGACCUCGUUGAUCUUCAACGGUGAUACCGAUGGCACAGCAACCACACCUUGCGGCUCCAAACAGAAGACAGAUAUGGAGAAGAAGUUUGCUUGUGACCAAUGUGGCCAGACUUUCCGCACUAAAUCCUACCUCAACAAGCACCAGCACCGGGUGCACAAGAAGCCCAGCGGUACAGUAUCCAGUCUCGGAGAUCUGGGUUCUCCGUUCUCCCCACAGCAGAAUAUGUCGCUGCUUGAGUCAUUUGGUUUCCAGAUUGUCCAGUCAGCUUUUGCCUCAUCACUUGUGGACACUGAGGUAGGGAGCAAUGCUGUAGGCUUAGGGGACAAGUGAACACUUGGAAAAGGGGAUAAAUUUGCUUUUAAAAAUUCAUGUCCACAGCUUUGAGUGGAACUGCAGUUCUACAUUAUUAUCAUCAAUGCCAUUGUAAACUAUUGUCUUAUGUGUUGAUUACUGUCCACCUGUCAGUUGGUUUAAUCAUAAGACAUGCAAGUUUGCUAGUUUAUUUUCCAUUCUUGCUGACAUGAAGCAGUCAAUCAUUCAGCAAUGAAUAUUUUCAGAGUAUGGAUUAGUAAAUCAUCACCCAGAGCCUAUAAAACCCGCUGAACUGAAUGACAUUAUUUUGUGUGGAUACACGUAAACAAAACAUCACGGGAAGCCCCAAGCUUUGAAUUUGCUUUAAGUUAUAUAAUGAUGACUAAUUUAAAUCUUGUUCCCAACAUUAUUUUCUUUUUAUUUCCUUUUGAAUCAUGAACAUUUGCAAGGUGGAUUGUACGGUGUCAUGCAAAACCGCAUAUGAGUUUUGAAUCUUUAACAGGGACCAAUUUCAGGUAUGGCUGUAAGAUAUUACAAGAGAUGAAGAGUAUAUUUUAUUAACUUAUUGAUUUUGGUGUCCCAUCUCCUUUGGUAAACUUUAGAUCUGUGCUGUGCUAUUUUGUCUUUGAAUUGUGUGUUUUUGAGGAGGCCAGGAAGAGAGAGAGAGAGUGUGUGUGUGUGUGUGUGUGUGCGCGCGCGUGUGCAUCAUGGUCUCUUAUAAGAGAAUGUAAUGUAAUCAGAGGGCUUUUUAAGGUUUUUUAAUAUAUCAGGACUUUUUUCUAGAGGGUCCAAACAUUCCUGCUUAACUUAAGAAUUCCUAUUCAUGAUGUGUAUAUAAUGUUCACAUAUGUAAGAAAUAUGUAUAUAUAAAAACUUAUAUAUAGCCAA